AUGGAUGAGGUUGACUCUGGCAACAGAAGCUCCGCAAUCCCACCGACUCGGUGUCCUAAGGAGCGUUCUCUGAAGCGACCGCUUGCAUCGCAGAAUCAAGGAUCAGCAGUUCCGUCCGACCAUGACCCUGACCCGUCAGUCUCAACCCCUGCGUCGACCGCCUCGCCGCAGUUCUGGCCACUUUCCAGGGAAGAGGCCCAGCUGGUGAAGUAUUUCUUCGCCAAUUUAGUGUUGUGGGUAAGCCAAGUGCCCAAUCGCACGCACUUCCAAACCGUUGUGGGGGCCACCGUUACCAAAGACCCGUCCAUCCUAUUUGCCGUUUUAGCAAUAUCUGCCCGACAUCGAGAGUUGACGAUGGGGAUCAGCUCCUGUGACUCGCAUGGAUAUGAGGGGCGAUGCCUCGAAGUCCUGAUCCCGAGUCUCAAUGAUACGUCCAAGGUUUUGGACGAUAGCGUGCUGGCUUCCGCCAUGCUGUUAAGAUUACUCGAAGAGAUGUCCGAGCCAACCGAAGAACAAGUCUUCACAUCGCAUGCGGUUUCUACCUCGAUUUUGCUCCAGAUCAAGGGUGGCAACGUCCAGCCAUCUGGAUUCAGUGAUGCAGCCAUGAUUGUGGCUUUACGACAAGAGAUCUUCAUUGGAAACAUGGAUGCUACGUGGACAUAUCGCAUGAUUGCACACGCAGCACGGGUCACCACCUUUGUCUACGGUAACGGACCCAAAGACAAGUUGGAGUGGGAUCGACUGUGGCAGUAUGUCCUAGACUGGGAACAGCACAAGCCAGACGCGUUUCAGCCGAUACACUAUUCACAUCGGACACAAUUGUGGACCUUUCGCUUUCGCCCGGAGACUCCGGAAGAUGCACCAUCCGCCAGCGCGGACAGGGACAGUAUACUCCCGGUGAUCUACUACACCUCCGACUGCCCGAUUGCAGGCCAGCAAUAUCUCCAACUGUCUCGCAUUUUAUUAUUGGCGCAUGACCCCCGCCUGCCCAGCUUAGGCAUGGGGCGCGCUCGGUAUCUGCAGAAGCAGGAGGAAGAAAUGCGUAACGCGGUUCGUAUCAUUUGUGGGAUAGCCAUGUCGGAUGCGGAAUAUAUGCCCGCCAGGCUAACCGCGGGUCUGGCAAUCGCAGUGGGUGGUGAGCUGUUUGACGAUCCCGAGGAGACUCGAGAGCUGAUGCAUCUGGUCGCUGAAGCCGAGCUGCAUGUGGGGUGGCCAUGCUUGAAAGUGAGCCAUCGCCUCCGAGCUUUCUGGGGUCUCGAAGGCAACCGUGAAUGA